AUGAUGCGCCGCGCCGUGAGCGGUUGCGUUGCCGGGGCCGCCUCCGCUGAGGCUGGCUGCCACGUCGGCGCAUAUUGCCCUUCCUACCACACGGAGCGGUGUGCGAGGUCGCGCGAAACCUCGCCGACCGACUACAAAGACUGCUGCAGCGAGCAGGAGGUCGUCGCGGGGCCUUUCGGCGAACCCGUCGUCGUCGGCUGCCGCGCCGGCGCACGCUCCGCCCUGGCGGCGGAGGUGCUAAUCAACGCGGGCUUCACAGAAGUCAAGAGCGUGGAGGGCGGCAUCCGGGCCUGGGUCGCGGCAGGCUGCCAAUCGAGCCACGCGGGCCCCCUAGGCUUAAAAGGGUGGGCCCUGGGGCGCCUGCGGCUUAAACGGCUUAAAACGGGCCUAGGCCCGUUUUAA